AUGGCAAUGGUCGUUCACGCACAAGCAGCAAUGGUGAAGCUGGACGCUAUGAGUGCAACGUUCAACGGUGUCGCACUUGAAGAAAAAGCUCCUACUGGUGCUGGCGAUGAACGUUUCGAGUAUGUAAGCGGAAACGAGUUCGACGAUACUGAUACUGUGACCUCUCAGUCGGAUAACUACGAAGUCUUCGAGGGUGACGAUGGCAGCGGAUCCAGUUACUACAGCAGCGACUACGAUGAGCUGUGA